CCAUCCCUUUAACACAACCCAACACAAACUUAAUAGAAAUUCUCACAAAUCCACACAGCGUAGCCUCUCGUUCAAACCUUUCGAACAAGCUCAGAUCUUUCGAAAGCCUCUCUCUCUCUCAAUCUCAAGAUGCAGAUCUUUGUUAAGACACUCACUGGCAAGACCAUCACCCUUGAGGUGGAAAGCUCAGACACCAUUGACAAUGUCAAAGCUAAGAUCCAAGACAAGGAGGGUAUCCCACCAGACCAGCAGAGGUUGAUCUUUGCCGGAAAGCAGCUCGAAGAUGGUCGCACCCUUGCAGACUACAACAUCCAAAAGGAAUCCACCCUCCACCUGGUGCUCCGGCUCCGAGGUGGAAUGCAAAUUUUUGUGAAGACCUUGACUGGCAAAACAAUUACUUUGGAAGUUGAGAGCUCUGACACCAUUGAUAACGUCAAAGCCAAAAUUCAAGACAAGGAGGGUAUCCCACCAGACCAGCAGAGGUUGAUCUUUGCCGGUAAACAACUCGAAGAUGGUCGCACACUUGCCGACUACAACAUACAAAAGGAAUCCACCCUUCACCUGGUGCUCCGGCUUCGAGGUGGAAUGCAAAUUUUUGUGAAGACCUUGACCGGUAAAACCAUUACUUUGGAAGUUGAGAGCUCUGACACCAUCGAUAAUGUCAAAGCCAAAAUUCAAGACAAGGAGGGCAUCCCACCAGACCAGCAGAGGUUGAUCUUUGCCGGCAAGCAGCUUGAAGAUGGUCGGACCCUAGCCGACUACAAUAUCCAAAAGGAAUCCACCCUCCACCUGGUGCUCCGGCUUAGAGGUGGAAUGCAAAUUUUUGUUAAGACCUUGACUGGCAAAACAAUUACUUUGGAGGUUGAGAGUUCAGAUACUAUCGAUAAUGUUAAAGCUAAGAUCCAAGACAAGGAGGGUAUCCCACCGGACCAACAGAGGCUGAUUUUUGCUGGCAAGCAGUUGGAAGAUGGAAGGACCUUAGCUGAUUACAAUAUUCAAAAGGAGUCAACCCUGCACUUGGUGCUGCGUUUGCGUGGUGGAAUGCAGAUAUUUGUGAAGACUUUGACCGGAAAAACCAUAACCUUGGAGGUUGAAAGCUCAGACACUAUUGACAAUGUCAAGGCUAAGAUACAGGACAAGGAAGGUAUCCCACCAGACCAACAAAGGCUUAUCUUUGCAGGAAAGCAACUUGAAGAUGGAAGGACUCUUGCAGAUUACAAUAUCCAGAAGGAGUCUACCCUUCAUCUGGUGCUGCGCCUUCGUGGUGGAAUGCAGAUUUUUGUUAAGACCUUGACAGGGAAGACCAUUACUUUGGAGGUUGAGAGUUCUGAUACAAUUGAUAAUGUGAAAGCAAAGAUUCAGGACAAGGAGGGAAUUCCCCCAGACCAGCAGAGGCUUAUUUUUGCAGGCAAACAGCUUGAAGAGGGAAGGACUCUGGCUGAUUACAAUAUCCAAAAGGAGUCUACUCUGCACCUUGUCCUUCGCCUCCGUGGUGGUUUCUAAGCUUGGAUGGUUGUGAUUUUGUGUUCGAGUCCAUUGCCUUGAGUAUUUCAAUGUUGGUGCUUUUUGGUUUUUGUCUAUCUGUUAUCAGUUUACUUGCCAUUGUAUAAUGGCUCCUAAUAUGUUCUAAACUUGCUUUAAUUUAGUGUUGUUUGGUUAUGGUCGUGGUAUCUUAAAACUCGUUGAAUGGCCUUAUAUUGGUCAUUUUAUUAAGUAAUUUGAAUAAAGUUUCUUCUUUCGUGUAU